AACAGGCUGAUUUUCUAUUUUCUUCGCCUCUCUGAUGAUGAAAGUGUGAUGAAAGGAAUCCACGUGUGACAGUUGUUUUGUCGUGAUAUCAAAAAUGAGUGUUACGCUCCCGGAAAAGAUCCUUCAGUACCUUGAUUCCAAGGGAAAAGGAGAUUCACUCCUGCUGGCUGAUGAAUGGAAAGAGGACAGUCAAAAAAUUGUUGGAGCAAUCAAAAGUCUUGAAGCUUUAGGAAACGUCAUAGCCGUAGAGCAGUACACAAGAAAACAAUGGGAGCUGACAGCAGAAGGCAAAUUGGUUGCCGAAAAAGGUAGUCAUGAGGCCGUAGUUUAUAAUGCAGUUCCAGACAAAGGGAUUCCUCAGCCUGAGCUUAUGAAAGCACCGAACGCAAAAGUUGGAUUCAGCAAAGCCAUGUCUGCUGGCUGGAUUGUGAUGGACAAGUCUUCCGGACAGCCCAUUAUUAAAAAGAAGGUGGCCAGCAUUGAUGACGUUGUGCAAAUCAAUUUGUCUCAACUUCAAAAAGGAGUUGACAAGAUUAGUGAUGAACAGAAACAAGAGUACAAGAAACGGAAGCUUCUCCAAGAAGUUGUGGUCAAAGGUUUUCAUCUUAGCAAGGGGCCAGAGUUCAACCUGUCCAUUAGUAAACCUGAAACUGACCUUACUCCUGAGAUGAUUGCGCAGGGCACGUGGAAAUCAAAACAAUUCAAGGAGUACAAUCUAGGCGCCCUUGGAGUUCCACCUCCUUGUGGACAUUUGCACCCCCUGCUUAAAGUUCGGGCCGAGUUCAGACAAAUCUUCCUUGAAAUGGGAUUCACCGAGAUGCCUACUAAUAAUUAUGUCGAGAGCUCUUUCUGGAACUUUGAUGCCCUCUUUCAACCCCAGCAACAUCCAGCCAGAGACGCUCAUGAUACAUUUUUCUUGUCAGACCCUAAGGAGUCUUCAAACUUCCCAAUGGAUUACCUAGAAAAGGUUAAGACCGUCCAUAGCAAGGGGGGCCAUGGUUCACAGGGCUAUGGUUAUGACUGGAAAAUUGGUGAAGCUCAGAAAAACCUGCUGAGAACCCACAGCACAGCGGUCAGCGCUCGGAUGCUUCACAAGUUGGCAAAGGAGGGCUUCAGACCGGUGAAGUACUUCAGCAUCGACAGGGUGUUCCGAAAUGAAACCUUGGACGCAACCCACCUUGCAGAAUUCCACCAAGUAGAAGGCGUGAUUGCUGACUAUGAUUUGGGGUUGAGUGGACUGAUUGGCGUACUUUACGAGUUCUUUAAGAAACUGGGCAUUGAGAAGCUUUACUUCAAGCCAGCAUACAAUCCUUACACAGAGCCAAGCAUGGAAAUCUUCAGCUAUCAUGAAGGUUUGAAAAAAUGGAUCGAGAUUGGAAACUCGGGAAUGUUCAGACCAGAAAUGUUGUUGCCGAUGGGCUUGCCUGAAAAUGUGAAUAUUUACGGCUGGGGAUUGUCUCUCGAAAGGCCAACUAUGAUCAAGUAUGGUAUCAACAAUAUCCGUGACCUGGUGGGACCCAAAGUCGAUCUGCAGAUGGUUCACGACAGCCCCAUUUGUCGUCUAGACAAAGAUGAUGACCAAGCUGAAGAACAGCAGCCAUUGUCCGCGGUCAAUGCCCUGGAGAAGGAGUGGGACAACAUCACAAAACGGAUCGAAAAGCUGCAGGCUACCGUGAAGAGUUUGCAAUCAAAAUUAGGCGUCCCACAGCAAACAUCUGCUGACUGUGGCAAGUUUGAUGUAACCAUUUUUGCAGACCCAAUGCAUCCACCUCAUUCAAUCAUCACCCUGAUCAACAUGCUGGACGAGAAGAUUGGAGUGAGAAAGUCUUCACACUGUCACUCUUCGCUGAAGCUGCGACCUGACCAUCUGAAAACAAUUUUUGACCACCAAAGUUCUGACAAACCACCAAAUAACAGCGUAACAGUGAUCUGGAAAUCUGUCGGAACAAAUUUGGAGAUGGUUGUGUCGCCUGUGGCAAAUGUCAAGGUUACAGGCGAGGUCAAUGUCCUACGCUACUUGUCCCGAGUUCUCGAGGCCAAGAGCCCUGACUUCAAUUGGUACGAACGACUUCCUGCUGAGCAAUCGUCACAAAUUGACUACUGGCUUGACAAGGCUCACAAUGCUAUGCUCAAAUCUGACACCCAGUCACUUCUGAAGACACUGGAUCAGCAAUUAAUCAACAGAAAAUUCAUCAUAGGCAAUGAUUUGUCUCCUGCAGAUAUUUUUGUUGUUUCAGUCUUGUCAAAUCUAAAUCUUAAAUUGCCCAGGAAUGUUGAUAAAUGGUACAAGCAAUGUACACAACUUAGGCUGAGCAUUCUUGGCAAAAAAUAACGCUGCAUAUCAGGUCAAUAAAAUCCUAAUGAAUCUUGAUAUUGUAA